UUAUGUCCCGCCCCCCUCCCCGCCACGUCCGUGUCCGUCCCUCCCCGCCAUGGCGUUCACGCUGUACGCCUUGCUGCAGGCCGGGCUGCUGGUGGUCAAUGCCGUCGCUGUGCUGCACGAGGAGCGAUUCCUUCGCCAUGUUGGCUGGGGAAGCGAUCAAGGGAUCGGAGGAUUCGGAGAGCAACCAGGAAUCAAAGCGCAGCUGAUGAACCUGGUUCGAUCCAUACAGACGGUGAUGAGAGUGCCGCUGAUAGCUGUGAACUCCGUGACCAUCGUGCUCCUCCUGUUCUUCGGCUGAAGAUUCCAGUUGCAAAAACCUUUUGGAUAUCCAAAGAAGCGAGUUUAUGGCCUCAUUGCUAUUGAGUUUCCCGGGGAUACAGCACGGUUUAACUGUCAGUUUGCCGUUCGACCUAAAAUAAUAAAAGACACUGUUUGUAUUUAUCCUA